ACCUCGUGGUCAUCGAGUUCACAGUUGAAAUUCAGAUUAGGUGGUUGGCAGCCAAACUUUGGGGCGCUGCUCAUUUGUACUUGAGAGGCGACACAGCCAGCCGUGACAAGAAGGCGGGUUACCCCACGUGCACAACAACAUCAACAUAUUUGACACCACACCAUGCCUAAGGAAUUAAAUCUGGGAGAUAUUUUGAUUGAGGGCAAAACUAAGAUUGUGUACAACUUGCCUGACAGCCCAGAGAGAGUACUCUUACAUUCUAAGGACAGGAUAUCUGCAGGUGACGGUGCCAGACAACAUGAACUGGUGGGCAAAGCUGCCAUUUCCACCACCACAGCUGCGGCUGUCUUCAAACUGCUUAAUGAUGCAGGUGUACGCACCCAUUUCAUUGAGAAGCAUUCAGAGAAAGAGUUUCUGGCGUACAAAUGUGAAAUGAUUCCAAUAGAGUGGGUGACCAGGAGAGUAGCUACAGGCUCGUUCCUGAGGCGAAACCCCGGUGUUAAAGAAGGCUAUAGGUUCUGCCCACCUAAACUGGAAACUUUUUUUAAGGACGAUGCCAAUCAUGACCCCCAGUGGUCACAUGAGCAGUUGGUGUCUGCGGGACUGAAGGCAGCGGGGAUAACCAUUGGUCCAGACGAGGUGGCCAUCAUGGGCAAGAUGACCAUGACAGUGUUUGAAAUCCUGGAACGUGCCUGGGCCUCACUGAACUGCAUGUUAGUCGACAUGAAAAUUGAAUUUGGAGUUACACCAGAUAAAGGUGAGAUCAUGGUGGCUGACAUCAUUGACAGUGACUCAUGGCGACUGUGGCCAGCUGGCGACCGGCGACUGAUGAAGGACAAGCAGGUGUACAGAGAACUCAAGGAGGUCACAGCUGAAGGACUAGAGACUGUGAAGAGGAAUUUUGAGUGGGUUGCUGAGAGAUUGAAGGAAUUGAACCCCAAACCGUCCGCUCGUGUUGUUGUUCUUAUGGGCUCUCCUUCUGACACAGCUCACUGUGAGAAAAUCCAGGCCACCUGUCACAAGUUUGGUGUGCCGUGUGAACUGCGGGUGACCUCUGCCCACAAGGGCACGGAUGAGACCAUGGAAAUUCUGGCCAGUUAUGAAGGGGAGGGAAUUCCGACAGUGUUUGUGGCUGUGGCUGGUCGCAGUAAUGGCCUAGGUCCAGUGCUAUCAGGUAACGCUACCUGGCCGGUCAUCAACUGUCCACCUGUGUCUGCAGACUGGGGAGCCGAAGACAUCUGGUCAUCUUUGAGACUACCGUCAGGUCUCGGGUGUACAACAGUUAUCUCCCCUGAAGCUGCUGGGAUUCAAGCUGCACAGAUAUUGGCUCUUACAGAUCAUGUGAUCUGGGCCAAGCUGAGGGCCAGUAAGCUGAACACUUGGAUCAGUUUGAAAACAGCAGAUAAGAAAGUUAGAAAUGACAAAUGAAAAGAGGGCUGAGAUCUGAUUAUUUGAAGGAGCUUUUGAGAUCUGUUAACCACAAACGUGGGAAAGUAUCCAGUUUAGGUGGAUGGGUCUUGAUGUGGAAAGCCAUCACAUUAAGAUUGUUGUUGCAUUUUGGGUGUUCCUUUCAUAUGUUGAGAUGUUAGUUGAGAUUGUGAAUGCCUUUCAGUGAUUAUUACAAGGGUACAGUGAAUCACUGGAUUCCAUCAUGUAUGAAGACAUUGCAGUUCAUUUCAUUGCAGAACAAAUCAUUCUAGAUAGUUGUCUCAUUUUAUUUUGUAAAUAUAAUGAAGUUCUUGAAUUUAUUAUCAAGAUCACAAUUGUUCAAGGACCACAAUCUGUGUAUCACCUCAUUUGUCAGUUGCUAUCAUUACUGCUGAAGGGAUUAUGAAAGUAAAUAGUUUUUCACUUCAUCUUCAUUUGGAUUUUCGUAUGUGUAUGGUGGAUAUGUGCUCAUUCCCCUCCAGUGCUUACAAGGGACAUGAUCAGGUAUCAUUAAAUGGUCUCAUUGCAAUGUUAUUUCGUCUUUGUUUUCAUUUUUUAUUGACCGCUUCGGCGGCCUAAUGGUUAGAGCAUCCACCUUGAAGUUGGGAGUCUGGUCAUAUCAAAGACUUUU